AUGGCUUCGGGUCGCGGGGUGUGUCUGCGGAGCUUCCUGCGGGGCCUGGAGCGGCUCUCCGCUCCGGCAGGUGAGGGACUGGGACCGGGUCUCACCGCUGGAGGACAGCUGGUCGGCUCCGGGGGGGAGGAGCGGAGGACGCGGAGAUGCGCAGCCGCAGGAAGGGGCUCUGUUAGCGGGACAGAGCUCAGCAGUCUGGAAGAGACAAUGCAGGAACCAGCCUUUCUGGAAACAAACUCUCUAAGCUUAUUGGAAAGCCUGCCGUCAGAGAUCCUGGUGAAAAUCUUGUCGUUUCUGGACGUCUCCUCGCUGCUCCGCGUCGCCGAAGUCAACAAGCUCUUCCACCAGCUCGCCAACGACGAUGGGAUUUGGUUUCGGGUUUACACGUCGGCGUUCAGCUGUAGGAUGUGGCCGCUGGCGCAGUGGUCGGCGAGUUGCUGGAAGAAGAGGUUCUUCAGGACGGUGGCCAAUCAUCACUUCCAUUGGUGGAGGAAGGAGCUGAAGGCGGUGAACGCCUACACCGGCCUGCCUCAGCAGACGGAACACGUCCUCAGGAGCAUGACGGUGAGCUGGGAGCUGAGGCUGCGUGACCGGAACGGACGGGAGCGCCGGCACCGGCAGAGCCGAGCCGUGUUCACCAAGACCGCGCUGAUCCUCCGCUGGAGCGGCGCCGGCCUCCCCAGAUACCCCACCAUCAGCAGCCUGCAGCUGCACGCCGUCCACACGGGGGCGCAAUACACACUGGGGCACACCAUACCCGGCUGGUCCUCCCUCUUGCUGGACCUGGAUGUGGGUUCUGCUCCGUCUCAGAUCCUGGGUAAAGACCGCCUGGUGGUUCUGAGGAGUUUACCACAUGGCGUCGUCGUGGGAACCUGGAGGGGUGACAACAAAGUGGCCUUCAUCAUGGUCAGCCUGCACUUCCACAGACUGGUGGAGAAGAGUUUCAUGGGCUCUCCUUCCUGCCCGUACUCCGAACCCGUGACCCCUCGUCUCACCGACCGCUUGGACCCCGAGGUCGGCCUGCGAGGCUACGCGCUGCACUUCGUCCUGCACGACGCCAACACAGACAUCAUGCUGAGAUACUUCCGCCAUCUCUCCAGUUGCCCAUCUCGGAUCCUGGACGGUCUGGUGGAGUUGAGCGCCGUCAGCAGCACCGCCACCCCCCUCCACACCUCGCUGUCCGGAGGCGUGAGGAUGCUGUGGAGGAGCUGCUGUUUGGACGGCUCCGUGGAGAACUGCUGCUUCAUGACGCUGACGCUGCUGGACGGCUUUCAGGAGCCCUUCUGGUGCGAGAGCGCCCCCGUCUGCAUCCAGCAGGUCCUGGACGAGCAGUCGGACUACGUGGGCGACCACUUCCUGAUGGAUCACCGCAGUGCCCACGGGCAGCUGAGGAUGAAGCUGGUGUGGCUGAAGGACCAGAGGCAGUUCUUCCUCAUCGGCCUCGACGUCUACAUCUCCGUCCUGAAAGUGAACAAGCACUUUGGAACCACAUACUGA